CCCGAUUCUUUCCUUCCCUUUUUUCUGUUUGCUCGGACUCAGACACCGGUAGAGGGAAGAAAAAGAAAUGCCUCCUACCAUCUGACCCUCUCCCGCCGUUUAUUUUUACCUUUUACCUCUCCUUCUCUCUAUAUCUCUCUUAUUCUUUCUUCGUCUCCAAGUAUAAGGAUUUGGGAUUUAGAGACAGAGAGAGGUCUCCAAUGGCGUAUGUGGACCACGCAUUCUCGAUCUCGGACGAGGACAUCAUGAUGGAGACCUCGUACGUGGUCCAGAACCGGCCUCCCAUCAAGGAGAUCGGCCUCGCCGUCUCCCUCCUCGUCUUCGGCACCCUUGGCAUCGUCAUUGGCGUCUUCAUGGCCGCCAACAGGGUCGGCGGCGACCGAGCCCACGGGGUUUUCUUUGCGAUCUUGGGGUCGGUGCUCUUCAUACCGGGGUUUUACUACACGCGGAUCGCCUAUUACGCUUACAAGGGGUAUAAGGGCUUCUCCUUCGCCAACAUACCGCCGGUUUGAGGGGUUUUCCGUUCUUGGAAACUGCCUUCAGGUGUUGUUGUUAUGGCUUGUCAUGUGUACAGAUCUCUUCUUGUAGCCUGCCCUCCACCUCUCCUUUCCUUGUUGUACUUAUGUAUGAAUAAUCUGUUGCGCGAAUCUAGUUGAUUAUGCGAGAAUGAGAUUUCCUGUCAGUUUGUUUCU